AUGGCCGCGGGGGGGUCCAGCUCCGGGUCCCCGGGCCCGCGGCGGGACGCCGCCGUGCCACCAGGAGGCUGCCCGUUUUACGACACCCCGUCCUCGGCGGCAUCGCCGAUUCUGGAGGCCUUUGGGCUGGCAAGCGACUCUCAGAAGAGCCUGAGGUGGGUGCCGGAGGGCGAGGAAUGCGAAGUGAGCAGAUGCGGCCAGGUGGGGCAGGGGACGUUCGCGGUCGUGUCCAAGUGCUUGCGCGAGGGCCAGGCCGUGGCGCGCAAGCAGCUCAAGCCAUGGGCCGCGGACGAUGAGGAGCAGCUGCGGUGGUUCAUGUCCGAGGCGGCGCUGCUGUCCAAGCUGGAUCACAGGCACAUAGUGCGCCACGAGGGCAUCGGCCUGGAGCGGUCGGACGAGCGGCUGGUGCCCUUCCAGCUGCAGGAGUUCGCGGAGGGCGGCGCCAUGGAGGACCUGCUGCGGGGCGAAGUGCGCAGCGUGCGGCCGCCGAAGUACGGUCUGGCGACGGGGCUCAAGUGGUGCGUCCAGGUGGCAAGGGCUGUGGAGUACCUGCACAGCACCUGCGUGCGGGUAGUCCACAGAGACUUGAAGCUGGGGAAUAUCCUGUUGACGGUGGGCCAUGAGGAUCUGAGCCAGGCAAGCAUCAGGCUGGCGGACUUUGGCCUGGCCGUGGAGCUAUCUGAGGCUGAGGCGCAGGCACGCCAGGAAGAGCAACGCGUGCUUGAAUUUACUGGCAAUGGGGAUGAUGAAGACAUGUACAGCCUGACCAGCAAGACGGGCAGCUGGCUGUAUAUGGCACCAGAGGUGUUCCUGGGAAAGGCCUACAACCACAAGGCGGACGUAUAUUCCCUGGGGGUCAUCAUCCUGGAGGUGCUCACGGGGCGGCUGAUGUCAGACACAGUACUGAGGUCAAGGAGUUGGGAGGAGGCCAAGAGGUUUGCUGGCCGUGUAGCUAAGGGAUACCGCCCAAGGUUGCCGCAGGAGAUGCCCAAGGAGCUUGCGGACGUUGUGGUGGCGUGCUGGCGGCAGGAUCCAAGCCGACGGCCCUCAGCUUCAGAGGUGGUUGAGCUGUUGGAGUCGUUUCAGGGCCACAUUGGGCCCAGCGACGUCCUAUUCCACCCUUUCAACGUCAGCAAGGACAGGCGCACAAGGAGCGCCCUGCGCAAGGUCAGGAGUCUCGUUUUCUGGCGGGUACCCAGCCUGCGGGGGCUGGGCGCAGCAUUGAAAGCCGCGCUCACUGGAGGCGGGAGCUGCCUCUGCAUUUGUGAGCAAACCACACAGCCAUACCGGCCGUCAGCUGAACUACAGGCAGGUUGUGGGAAGAAAGAAGAGGAACCAGUGCCUGGUAAACAGAAAUCAGCCAAGUCGUUGAAAUCAGGGAAGCAAAGCAAGUCAAUUGAAGAGAGAGGUGGCUGUGCAAAAACGAAGUCUGAACGAGGCCGGGCGUGGUCCAUGGAAGAAAUGCAGCAAGAACUGAUAAAAACGAGGCGGUCUUGA